UAUGUAUAUAAAUUUUUGGAAUCAGGGAUUGGUGAUCAAAAUUUUAGUUAAAUACGAUAUGGAGAAAAAAUCAUCCAAAGGCUCAAAAUCUACAUGGGAAUCUAUGGGAGGCAAAGAAAAUUGUGAAUCCAAAAGAGAGCGUAAUGUUAGAGACUCCAAAGUUCUUAAGGAUGCUAGGGAGAAAAGGAGCGAACAAAGAAGCGAACGUGGUUUAAAGACUGAACAUGAAAGUAGAAGAGAGCAUGAUCGCGAAAGCAGAAGUGAGCGCUACUCGAAAUCCGAUCGCGAGAGACGAAAAGAUAGCGACGAAAAAUAUUAUGAGAGUAAAAUUGAACGUACUUCACGAAACGAAUUAGCGCAUCGAAGACAGCAUGAAUCAAAAAGCGAACGUGAAAUAACCAACGUCAAAAGUUCGAGGGAUAUGAGAGCUGUUAAAAGCGAUCGUGAAUCAAGAGAUAUGAAAAGGGGCAGUGACAACAAAACAAAGAAGCCAGAUCACAAAACACUGAUGCAAGACAUUAAAGAGCUAAUAAUGCGUGCGCUAGAGUGCGAACUGAGCGGUCAUGUGUUAGAGGCACGCAUGCUAUACGAAGAAAGUCUCGUAAAACUGCAAAUCUGCACGGACAACGAACAAAACGAAGACAUGUUAGAUAGUUACAGAAAAUAUCUCAGUAGUUACGAAAAGCACGUGCAGCGUCUGCGUGAUCAAAUCGAACAGAACUUGUUCAGCUGCAAGAUUACGGAACAUAUCGCCAUCACGGAGGGUUCACGGGGCCGCAGCUAUGAAAAGCUAAUCGGCUGCUAUUUGAACGAAAAAGUAUCGGUGGUGCAUAUUUACGAACCAUGUCUCACUCAAAGCUGCCAUCUGGAACAUUUAAUUAACUUUGUCGAAGUGCUUGUGAAGAAUUGUCCAAAUCUGAUGUUCUUGCGUGUAAUUACUCGCGCUAGUCCUAAGUCCAGCAAUCUGCAAAAGGAUGUGUUAAAUGAUUUGCGCGAAGAGUUGGAGAGUGGCAAUAUUUCGUUCAACUACCAAUUCGACGAACAAUUAAAGAAGCCGCGUAUUGUUUUCAACAAUGGUGUAGUAAUACGCUGUAGGCGCGGUUUACAUAUUUACAAGCCAUUCACCAAGUACUACAAGUUGGGUCUGUACGAUUUUGACUUUCGGCGUUGCGAAAGCGCCGAGGUGGAUAUUUAUCAAGGCAAACCCUUCUCCGAAUCUAUUUCGAAGGCGGACAGAACGGAUCUAAUGGAGAGUUUAUUGCACGCUUAGGAGCGAAAUAAAUCGGAAUAUUAGAAAUUAGUCAAGUUCUUAUAAUAGACGGUAAUCAUAGU